ACCACGCGGAGUGCCUCUAGGCUCUGUGGGUCAAUACUGAUCAAUUAGUAAGCCAGUAGAGCGGGGACCUGGCAAUCAAAGCACGUACAUCGUACAUAUACUGCGAUCUUGCCACUACCUUGUAUUUGAUGCCUGAUCAAGGUGAUAGUUCUCUGAAUUGACGACAGGAGCCAUAUUCUGUUCUUGUCCACGUCAAUUUCUAUCAUCGAGCCUCACCCAGACUAACCUCGGUGACGGAGACCUCUUGACACUUCUUUGCAUCUAUAUAUCUGACAAAAGUUCACGCCGUCCUACACUGGAAGAAUCUAAGCUGUCCAAAAUGAAGGCCAUCAUCCUCCAUGGAGAGCCGGGAAAGGCGUCUCUUGAAAUGGACCGCCGCUUUCCAAAGCCGAGGCCAGGAUAUGUCCUCGUUGAUGUCAAAGCGGUAGCUCUCAAUCCCACGGACUGGAAGCACAUUGACUACAUCAACAGCAAAGAUUCUUUAAGCGGCUGUGACUAUGCUGGCGUAGUUGCGGAAACCGGCACGGGCUACUCCAAGCAAUGGAAAGUCGGGGAUCGCAUCUGCGGCUUCACUCAUGGAGGAAACCAACUGCAAACUGAAGAUGGAGCAUUUGCGGAAAGAAUCGCCGCAAAAGCUGACAUUCAGAUGCGCAUCCCUGAGAACAUGUCCUUCGAGGAAGCCUCGACUCUGGGAGUUGGCGUGAUCACAUGUGGACAAGGUCUUUUUCAACAAAUGGGUCUGAACUUACCUGGCAACCCGGCCACAGGGGAGAUUGUUCUCAUUUAUGGAGGCAGCACGGCCACGGGCAGUCUUGGAAUCCAGUUCGCGAAGCUUGCCGGUUACACACCGAUCACCACCUGUUCUCCACGUAACUUCGACUUUGUCAAGUCGUUGGGAGCAGCUGAGACCUUUGACUACAGUGACCCUGAUUGCGCCGAGAAGAUUCGAAAGUACGCCGACAACAAUUUGAAGUAUAUUUGGGAUACAAUCUCGCUGGACUCUUCAGCCAAGAUCUGUGCGGAGGCAAUCGCUCCCGGAGGUAUCUGCGGUCGCAUCUUGGGCGUCAAAGUUCCUCGGGACGACAUCAAGACAACCUUUUCUCUAGGUUAUACUGCUGCAGGUGAACCAGUUAAAAAGCCGUUUGGCGAUAUGCCCGACAACGCAAAAGACUUUGAGUUUGCUAAGAAAUGGAUUGAGACUGUCGAGCCUCUUUUGCAGGCAGGCAAAAUCAAGGUCCAUCCUCCGAAGGUGGGAAAGGGCCUUGAAAGUGUUCUUGAUGGGCUCGAUCUGAUGAGAAAUGACAAGGUCAGUGGACAUAAGCUUGUGUAUGUGUUGUAGAACUGUCAGAGGGUUGUAUGACAAAGGCUGGUGCCUCUCAAAGUCUCCUGGACGAGCAGGUAACCAGGGAUGUCACGAGGGGCAAAUAUACAUGUACGACAUAGCAUACACACGGACCAUCACGUUGCAAUCCAUCAUGUAGAGUUUGGAAUCUGGAACCACUGAACAAGCCUCAGGCAAAUUCCCUCAGCCACUGGGAUUUGCAAAUCGCC